CAGGGUCUAUCCUCCAACUUAUUCUUCCCUCCAUUCCAGCGAUCUUCAGUAUGGCAUCCCGCCUAAUCUCCAGGAGUAUACUCCGGACCGGACGCAGUCUCCAUGCACCUCUCCCUGCAUUUCGACAUGCAUCGCAUCCCCUGACGCGUACCCGCACGCGCAUACCCAGCGAUGCCACCGUGCACCAUAUCUCCCCAAGCAGAAUGUAUCAAUCCACCAGAUGGGACGAUGAUUCCGACCCCACGGGCUACUCCGCUACCACCCCCAAAGGCCGAAUUGGCCGUUACCCAUCCAACGUCGAUGCCAUGGCCCUAGAAGGAAAGGGUAUUACGAGGGUUCAUUGGGGGAACCAGUACUUGUCUAUUGUCGACCGUCUCAUCCCACCCCAAACCAUCAUCCAAUUCAUAGAGUGUCUAAUGCACGGGACUCUGCCGAACGGGAAAGAGACAGAGCGGGAACGGCUCGAGCAAGAGGAAUUCGGGCUCCUUUCUGUUCCGGUUGCUCAGUGGGCGGGGACAUCCUCGCCCGGGGGUGAAGAGUCGAUUCUGCAUCGGAUCAUGGUCGUUGUGGGCAGUCAUGAGGAUCCGAGACGACUUUGUACCGUCGGGAAGAAUAUCCAUUCGGUGAAAACGAGGCUUUGGGAGGGCAUGGUGCCUAUGUCUGCUGCUCGAUGGCAGGAUAAGGGGUUGAGCGAGAGGGAGUAUUUUGAUACGGCGUGUGAGUAUCUCACUGCUGUGAUUACUGCCUUUGAGUAUUUGAAUAAUCACCAGGUGAGGGCGAAUCUGCGGGAUGGGUUUAAUCUGAUUUCGGACCAUUUGGGGAUGUUUGAGGAGGCGCUGAAUGUUAAGAGGAGGGAACGGGGGCAGAAGUUGUUAGAUUUGAGGGGCCUGUGGGAGGAGUUUAUCCGGGCCAAGUAUGAGGUUAUGACGAGUCGGGCGCAUGGGUGGGUGGUGGAUAGGGUGAAGGAGUUGCAGGAGAAGGUGAUUGGGGAGAUUUGUGCGCUGCCGGUGAUGAACGAGGAAGAAAUAUCUCAGGAGAUGGAAAAGUGGACGACUAAGUUGUUUCACGUCAUGGAGAUCACGUCCCUGGCGGAUAUGACUAUCUGGAUGCCCAUGGAAGGCUAUGCGGGCUACCAGCCAUCGGAGGAUGUGGUUGCUGGACUACGGAAUCCUAAUUUGGGGGACUAUCGCAAGAACUAUUCGGAUAAGCUCCAGGCUAUUGUCUGGCCGCGGAUGGAGCAGUUGAUCCAGGAGCAAUUGUCGAAACAGCCGGAUGACAGCAAUGGACAGAGUCCAGAAAGCCGCGCCAAACGCUUCGCCGUCAAUACCAUCGCACAGGACGACCUGCGACAGGAGAUCCGUGGACCAGCACCGGUUCUUGUGCCGGAGGCGUGGAUCCAACGGAUCUUGCAUUUCCACGAGUUAUCGCAGUCCGUGGAGGAAGAGGUGAGGAUGAGCGAGGGGUUGGCGAUUUAUCGUCUCGCGUAUCAGGUGUCAGAUGCGGAGUGGGAGGCCUGCAAGGGCAAGUUAGAGGCGCAUCUGGCUUCCUGGGGAGCUGGAGUGGACAAAGCAGAGGAAGUCAAGCCCCUGCUCAAGAUCCACUGGUUUGAUGGAAAGGAACUAGGCUUCGGAGACCACGAUAUCGACGCAGCAAAGAAACACUACCUCGAGAUCAGAGACUCGGACGCCUACGUCCAGAAGCUCCAACACGACGUCUUCCUCGUCGCCGACGGCUGGAGCAUCGCAUCCUAUAAGGAAUCCGGCUUCCACAGCCCAACCAAGGCAAUGCUCCCGGGCGACUUCCAAGGCCAUAUCCUGGCCGUAGACGCCAGCUUCGACCCGGCCGCGCCCAACGAGCACGCGGAAGAGUCCCCGGGCUUUGAUGGUCAGAUGCGCAUCCUAGGCAAUCUAGUGUGGAGCGAUCUCUACGCUAUGCUGGCCUUGCGAUGUGGAGGUCUAGAGGAUAUGUGGCCGUUGGCCAUGGAUCACCCGCAGAAGGCCUACACCGGGCUCACGGUGCCUUUGCAGCGCAAGGAAUGGGCGGAGGAGAAUGCCAUCACGGCCGCUGUUAUGAAGCCGUUUCUGGAGCAUUUGAAAGAGAAACAUCCGGAGAUGGCUCCCACGGUGGAGAAGUUGAUGAUGCCGCAUCAGAGGUGAUUUGGUUACGUGCGCUAUGUAACACUGUAUAACAAAUUUUCUUUCCGU